GUUUAAAUCAUUUAAUAUGCAUUUAGGCUCGUUUUUUAUACACAUUAUUCUUUCUUCAUUUAAACAAUUGCAUUAAUAAUGAACAGCAAAGACAAUUACAAGCUUGUUAUUGCUUAUGAUUUUGGUACAACUUUUUCUGGAGCUUCGUAUGCUUUCACUCAUAUAACGACAACCCCUGAAAUUUUUGAUAUACAAAAAUGGCCGCAAAAAGGUGGAGACUUUUAUCCAAAAACACAUACUUUGUUAGUCUAUAAACGAUCUAAUCCAAUUGUAAUGAUCGAAUGGGGACAUGGCGCCAAGAAGAUGAUGCUUAAACCACAAGCUGCUAAGGAAAAUAUAAUUUUAUCAAACUUUAAACUCAAUUUAGAUGAAUCCUUACAAAGGGGCAUAGCAGAAAAUUAUCGGUCUAACGUAGAUAUUAUUGCUGAUUAUUUAAAAGCACUUCAUGAAUAUGUUUUAGAAGAGCUUAGCAAAGGAUUUGCCAAAAAUUAUGAUCCAAAUCAUUUUCGAUAUUGCUUAACAGUACCCGCGAUGUGGUCAGAUUUAGCAAAGUAUUCUAUGAGAAAAGCCGCUGUAAAGGCUGGCUUGGUUCGAAAGGAGGAUUCAGAAGAUAGGCUAAUGCUUAUAUCAGAACCAGAAGCAGCUGCUCUUUAUUGCGAGAGAAUGUGCGAUCAAGCCAACCUGAAAAAAGGAGACCGCAUAUUAAUCUGUGAUGCUGGGGGCGGAACAGUUGAUUUAAUUGUGUUUGAAAUUAUUAAUGAUGGGAUACAAAAUACAAAUCGACUCAAAGAAGUGACAAAGGGUAUUGGCGAAAGCUGUGGAAGUAUAUUUUUGGAUAAAAAGUUUAAAGAUUUAUUAGAAGAAAGGUUAGGUCAACAAGUUAGAAGUCUACCUGCUAUUGUUAUUAAUAGUUUGAUGGAUCAGUUUGUUAAUAAUAUAAAACCAGAAUUCGAUGGAUUAGAUGACCAAUAUUUGACUUUACCCUUUUCUAUUAAUUUAGAUGAAAUUGAUAUGGAAAAGGAUAGUGGUCUUGAUGAAGGUAUAAUGGUACUUAGAGCAGAUGAAUUAAAGAAAAAGGUGUUUGAUCCUAUUGUAGAUCGUGUAAUUUCAUUAUUGGAAAAGCAGUAUAACUCAAUCCCCAAUAAGGAACUUUCUUGUAUAUUUCUUGUUGGUGGUUUUGGUUCUUCAAAUUAUUUGUAUCAUCGAGUACAAGAAGCAUUUUCCACUAGAGUUAAUCAAAUCUUAUGUCCCCCAAGAGCUGCACUAGCUGUUGUAAGAGGUGCUGUCUAUUUUGGACUUAAUCCUCGGACUGUAACGUCUCGUAUUUCUCGACGAACAUAUGGUAUCAAUGCUGGCUUACCGUUUGACGAAAGUUUAGAUCCUCCUUCAUCUCGCGUAAUACGUCCUGAUGGAAGUAUUCGUUGUACAUCAAGGUUUCUUGUAUUUGUAAGAAAGGGUAAUUUAUUACCAAUAGAUCAUUGUAUUCGAGAAACCAUGUUUGUUUAUUAUGGAACAAUUGGAGCGACAGAUAUUGUUUUGUAUGCUACAGAUGAUAGACUAGAACCAAGAUACGUUUAUGAGUCAGGAGUUAAACAAGUAGCUGCUAUCUCAGUACCAAUACCUGAAUUACCUAAUGUUAUUCUAGGAGAAAGAAUAUCCUAUACAGUGAGAAUGUAUUUUGGUUUGACAGAAAUUAGAAUGGAAGCAGACUUUGGAGCAGGUAUUGUGCAUAAGCUUCGUUGUAAUUUUGAUGCUGAUGAUAAAUAUGACGACGAAAAUCAAGCAAUUUGUUGAUGAAAAUCACUACACUUCAUUAUUUACGAUGUUUGCAUAUUUUAUAAUAAUUCUCCUGUAAAUUAGUAUUUUAUAUUGAAAAAAAAAAUGCACUUAGCAAUAAGAGAAUAUAUUAGUCAUGCUGUAAAAUAACUUGCUUUGAGUUUUUUUUUUUUUUUUUUUUUUU